GCCCCGGUGGAUGGAUGCGCUGCUGGGCUGUUCCCGGCGCAGACCCGCCGCCGCCGCAUGGAGACCGGGCCGCACUAGCAGGUGCUGCAGGGAACCAGCCAGGGCUGUUCACUGCCCUCUCCCUUCUCACAAGGCCCGGAAACAUCCCCGCCCAGCACCCAGAUGGCUCGUCAGGAUGCGCCCAAGGACCAGUUUCAUGCUGUGGGAAUCAUCUUCUUCAUCUUGGGUCUGGGCACCCUCCUGCCCUGGAAUUUCUUCAUCACGGCCAUCCCGUAUUUCCAGGCCCGGCUCAUUGUGGGGACCAGCUCGACCGUGGGCCUUGAGGGCAACAGCUCUGGGACGCAGCGGGCUGGGGAUGAGUUCAACUUCAACAACUGGCUGACGCUGCUCUCACAGCUCCCGCUGCUGCUCUUCACCCUGCUCAACUCCUUCCUCUACCAAUGCAUCCCGGACAAGGUGCGGGUCCUCGGCAGCAUGAGUGGCAUCCUCCUCCUCUUCAUCCUCACGGCCGUGCUGGUCAGGGUGGAAAUGCCCCCCCACAGCUUCUUCUCCAUCACCAUAAGCUCUGUGUGGUUCAUUAACUCAUUCUGUGCCAUCUUGCAAGGCAGCCUGUUCGGGCAGCUGGGCACCCUGCCCCAGGGCUAUAGCACUCUCUUCCUGAGUGGCCAGGGCAUGGCCGGGACCUUUGCAGCCAGUGCCAUGCUGCUCUCCAUGGCUAGUGGUGCGGAUGCGCAGACGUCUGCCCUGAGCUACUUCAUCACCCCCUGUGUCGGGACCCUGAUCUCCAUUGUCUGCUAUCUGGUGCUGCCCCAUAUGGCCUUCUUCCGUCACUACCUGGAGCGGAGCUGGCAGCGUGACUCACGCAAUGAGCUGGAGACCAAGGCUGGGCUGCUGGGCCCCGAGGAACAGAGUGGGGACCAGUUGGAGAGGCCUGGGGAGGAGCCACAGGGCCCGGAGAAGCCAAUGCUGGGAAUGGCCAACGGGACACUCAGGACAUUGGAGGAGAUCAGUGUGGAGAGCUCCGGGAAAGGAGCCUUCGCCCUGCACAAUGGGACAGCCAUCAGUGCCCAAAACGGGGGGCCGGGACCAGAGAGACCUUCACUGUUCAGUGUGCUCCGAAAGAUCUGGCUGCUGGCACUCUGCAUUGUCAUGGUUUUCACUGUCACCCUGUCCGUGUUCCCUGCCAUCACUGCCACCGUCACCAGCGCCUUGGAGAGCAAGCAAUGGAGUGAGUUCUUCACCCCUGUUUGCUGCUUCCUGUUGUUCAACAUGAUAGACUGGCUGGGCCGCAGCAUCACCUCAUACUGCCUCUGGCCAGAGAAGAGACUAUGGCUACUGCUCCUGCUGGUGGGCCUCCGCUUCCUGUUUGUGCCCCUGCUGAUGCUGUGCCAGGCCAAGCCCCGCACCCGCCUGCCCGUGCUCUUCCACCAUGAUGCCUGGUUCAUCCUCUUCAUGCUGCCUUUCUCACUCUCCAAUGGCUACUUUGUCUCACUCACCAUGUGCCUCGCCCCCAAGCAGGUGCUGCCGCAGGAGAGCGAGCUGGCCGGAGCCAUCAUGACCUUCUUCUUGGCACUAGGGCUGUCGUGUGGGGCUGGGCUCUCCUUCCUCCUCAAGGCCCUGCUGUGAGCUCCCCUCGGAUCCAUCCCUUCAUCUUCCAGCAUCUCGUCUGAGUGCACCCCAUCAAACUGGAGGGCUUAGAAUGGGAGAGAUGGAGAGGCUUUGCAUAGGAGGGGGGCUGGUACCUCUUGACUUCCUCCUUUCCUUCCAUGGGCAUCAUCUCAGCCUGAUGGGUGUAAAGAUUAGUGUGCUGCCCCCCCGCCCCAGCCCCUGUUGCAAGGGGUUGCCAUCAGGGGUUGCCCCCGCCCCAGCCCCAUUCUGCUCCCCACCACUGUUCUAUAUGAAUUCCAACAAAGGGAAUGUCUAUAGACUGGUGUGGAGGGGGAGGAAAGGGUUAAUGUAAAGAGGUAUCUGGGGCUUUAAUAUAUUUAUUUGCGGGGCUCCUGGGCUGAUUUUGGCGGGCUCCUGAGCCUAGGUGCAGGCUGAGCCCCAUGCGGUGUCAUGGGCUACACAAAGGGACACCACAGCAUGCCACUUUGCCUGGAGAGUCAGACAGAGCCCAGGACUCCUGGGUUCUGUCUCAUCCUGCGCCUUCACCCUGGGGUUGAGGAAGGGGAGGACCCCAAGGGUUGCUGAGGCUUUGCCUCUGCUGCAGAAACGCACAUCCAAGCCAGACUGCUGGCUGGGCUCUAAAGGGUUAAAUAUCUCCCCUCUCCUGACCCCCAUACGGGUCCUAGCUCCUGGAUGGCGGCUACUGCUUUUGAGAAGGAAUAUUUCCUAAUGGGUAGGACAGGAGAUGGGAGCAAGGACACCUGGGUUCUGUCCCCAGCUCUGGGAGGCGUGAGCUGGCCACUUGGUUGUAAACACUUUGGGGCAAGGUCUUGUCUGUGCUCUGAAGUGCCUGGUGUGCACUAGGUUAGUGGUUCUUAAGCUUCCCUUUCACACAGCAAGCUGCUGAGUGUGACCCCCCAUUAUACAUUAAAAACACUUUAUGUA